AUGAGUGUGUGCCUUCACACCUCUAAGUCUACUGCUGUCAUAUAUUCGUGGCAUACACGCUGCUUGUGGAGUACCUCUAUUCUUGCAUUUACACUAUUUACAUAUUUGGUAUAUCGACCAGUAAAAACCAUUGACAAAAUUGCUCGUAUGACUAUGUUUCUGAGUACCCUUUCACCAAAGUUUUAUGUGGCGCUUACGGGUACAAGUUCUCUUAUAUCAGGACUUAUUUUGAUCUUCGAGUGGUGGUAUUUCAAGAAAUAUGGAAAAUCAUUCAUUGAGCAAAUCUCUUGGACUCAUAUAUACCCAUUAAUAGGUGGAAGUGAUGAAGACAAUGACUGCGAAAGCGUGGACUCCAAUGGUCAAUUAACAGCUACUCAAGAAUGUAAGGUGUGGAGAAAUCCUUAUAGUUUGUUUAGAGGGGCAGAAUACAGAAAGUUUUUUCGUGAAACAGGUCGGGAUCCACUCACAUAUUACGAUAUGAAUCUGUCAGCGCAAGAUCAUCAGACUUUUUUCACGUGUGAAGCAGAUGCUGGUAAACCGGAAUACGAAAUAAUGCAACUUUCAUGGAGGGAACGUAAUCACGAAGAAAGAAUCAAGAAGACCAAGGAGGCCUUGUCAAAGAAUCCUGAGUGCGCUACGGCCAUGAUUUUACUUGCGGAAGAAGAGUGUUCUUACAUCGUAGACGUGGAGAAAGUAUACAAACAAGCCUAUAAAGUGGCAGAAACAAAUCUUCGCCGUUCUCAACAGCUACAAAAUCACAGUCCAGCACACGAAUCAAUGUAUCGCAGGGAUAUUCAUGCAUUUGUGUUCAUUCGACGUCGACUUGCGAUGUGUGCAAGAAAAUUGGGAAAAUUGAAGGAGGCAAUUAAAAUUAUGAAAGAUCUUAUAAAAGAAUACCCAAACUUGAACCUCUUCAACAUUCACGAAAAUCUUAUCGAGUGUUACCUUGCAGCUCAACAGUAUGCUGAUGCUCAAGCUUUCUUGGCUAAAUACGACGAUAUCAACUAUCCAAAAUCAGCCACUAUAUGCUAUACUGCAGCUCUACUUAAAGCUAGACAAGUAUCUGAAAAAUUUUCUCCUGAUUUAGCAUCGCGUAGAGGUUUAAAUGCUGCUGAACUUAGUGCUGUUGAAGCGAUUCACAGAGCUGUUGAAUUUAAUCCUCAUGUACCAAAAUACCUGCUUGAAAUGAAGCCUCUAAUACUGCCUACAGAACAUAUUUUGAAGCGUGGUGAUUCUGAAGCCAUAGCUUAUGCCUUCUUUCAUUUAGCCCACUGGAAGGCUGUCGAAGGUGCAAUCAAUUUAUUAUACUGCACAUGGGAAGGGACAUUUCGUCUGAUACCGUAUCCAUUGGAGAAAGGAAAUCUCUUCUAUCCAUAUCCUCAUUCAACUACAGCAACUGACAGAGAACUUUUACCAAGUUUCCACACUCUUUCAGUCUACCCAAAGAAGGAUGUGCCAUUCUUUAUUCUAUUCAUUGCAGCUUUGUGUUCUUUAACAGCUAUACUUACGUGUUUAACUCACGUCUAUCCUGAACAGAUGGGAUCACUUUCUAAUAAGACUCUUAAUUGGUUUUUUAGUCCAAUCAAUUAUCUUUUGGAAAGACUUGAAGGAUUACUACUAUUAUUAGCGCCAACGUCCGCUCGAAAACUUUUAACGUGA